UUUUCGGACUAAAUACGGCGUCUCCAAGGAGACAAAAAUGGGUCACUGUCAUUUGGUCGGCGGUGGCAAAUAGGCGUUGAAACUUGUUACUUUCUCGAAAUGAAACGCUUUGUUAAAUAUAAGUGAGUAAUGCUUAUAAUGUUGAAUGAGUUAUGUUUAUUACAUUGCGGAUUUAAAUUAUGUACAUUAUUCGUCGAAGAAACACCGCAAAGCAAUAAUUUUACUUCAAAGCAGAUGCCGUUUGGGCAACAAAAGAACCGGAUAUGGAAUUAUUUGCCUUUCAGAAUAAAUUUUAAAAGAUAAUUCAAGUGUAGAACUAACCCCCUAGCGACACGACGCAUCGCCAACUAGAUCAUUACAUUAAAAAGGGCAUACAAAUACAAAGAGUAUUUUUUUUUUAUCAAAGCUUGUGUUCAUUAUGCGGACCGACGUAGUUCACAUAUAGUAACCGGAAGUGUUUGUAUUUUUUCUCGCGCUUGACAGUGGUCCACCGCACCCACUUGGAGGGAGGCAGGAGGCAGCCUUGGAGGAAGCUUGAGCAUCCUUAUUUUGUUUCUCAACCAAAACAAAAAAAUAAACGAAGCCUGACGCUGGAAAUUUAAACAGACAUGGCUAGAGUGUGGGCAGGGAACCGUUCAACGCCGAGUUAGCUGACUGACGGCCAGCUUCUUCCUCACACACCCCCUUUAAUUCAACACCAUGGCUAAGCAGUAUGAUGUUCUCUUCCGACUCCUGCUUCUCGGAGACUCCGGGGUUGGCAAAACAUGUUUGUUGUGCAGAUUCACCGACAACGAGUUUCAUCCAUCACACAUUUCAACCAUUGGGAUCGACUUCAAAAUGAAGACGCUGCUGAUAGAUGGUAUCAAAGUGCGGAUCCAGAUAUGGGACACUGCAGGCCAGGAACGCUACCAGACCAUCACCAAGCAGUAUUAUAGGCGGGCGCAGGGAAUUUUCCUGGUGUAUGACAUCACGAGCGAACGCUCCUUCCAGCACAUCAUGAAAUGGGCCAGUGACGUGGACGAGUACGCUCCAGACAAGGUCCAGAAGAUCCUGGUGGGCAACAAGUCAGACGAGGUGCACAAGAGGCAGGUGGCCACGGAGCAAGGAGUCAAGCUGGCCAGAGCUUAUGGAAUGGACUUUUUUGAGACAAGUGCCUUCACCAACCAGAACAUCACAGAGACUUUUACUCGCCUGGCAGAGCAGGUCCUGGCGGCCAAUAAGAAGGACCUGGAUCUUCUGAGGAUGUCUAUGAAUGAUGAACUCAACCUGGCGGCUUUGGAGGAAGAGGAGGGACUUUGCGACCGCGUGUCCGCGGACCAGGCCAAAGGCUGCUGGUGUUAAACACGAGACGACUCGUCCGUCAUCACACGCGCUUUUGAGGACGGAAAGGACAAAACGUGGAGCGGUGAAUCAACAACCAUGGGACCGAUUGUCCCUUCCUCGUCCAUCACGCAGUCGGGGUAUUGUAUACGCUGAAGACAGCUUUCUUACUUAGCAGUGGCAACUUUAGGGGGCGUCUACAAAUUAUUCACCAAUGGAUUUUCACAUUUCAUCUUUUUUUUUUCCCUCCCACCAGAAAAAAAUCAACAUUAUGCAUCCUUCAUCUUCCUUUUUCAGUGACUAAAUGCUUUAAGCUUCCUUGGUGUAAUUUUAGAAACACACCACAGAGGGUGCUGUUUCUCCAUUUGUUGCCAUAUUCGAGCGGUUUCACUUCUAAUUGACUUUCUUUGUAGCAUAACACUGUACAGUAUAUACAGUAUAUUUCAUAUAAUAGUAUGACAUCAACUGUGAAGGUCUUUUUUUCCAAAAAAAAACAAUGAAAAAUGUAUUAACAGCAUAGAAAGACGUCCAUAUUCCAUCAUUCCUGCAGACAAGUGAGCAUUUUUCACAGGAUAUUUCUUUCAUUGCAACUUCAGUGAAGUUAAUAAUCAACUGGCAGUCAUUUUAAUUCUAUUAUUCAACCAGAGAUGCCUCUUGGAGAUAGAACCACCAUCCACUUUGUCUGCAUCCUUUUCCUAUUGCUCAAAUGCUAACUUUUGAAUGGUGUCAGAGUCAUCAUGCAAAUGUGUUGUUUUUUUUUUUUUUUUUUUUUUAAAAAGGACAUAUUUCUUCCUUCUUUAAUUGUAUUUGUGGAAAUAUAUUACAUUCAACUAGCAGAAUGCAGCAUAUUAUUCUUGAAGAGACGUUGUCACAUGUUUGGAGUAAAUACUUGCAGAUUUAAGACUCGCUUCAAAGGUGUUUCUUUGUUUUUAAAGAGGGUUUGUGCUCAUUUUGUCCUGUUUUAUUAUAGGACGUGUGUUCUAUAAGUGUCAUUUUCAGUAGAAGGGAAGUAACUCGGGUAAAAUACCGUAACUAAGGCGCAUUUAAAGAAAAUGGUAUCUCCUACACCAUAUUUAAAUUAUAUUAUAUUGGAUGUGUAUUGUGACCAAAAGGAUAACUUUUGAUGGGGGAAAAAGAGGUUCAAACAUUCAAAAAAAUGUAACAAAUAAAAUACCUAAGAAAUAGGACAUUAAUUUUCCAGUGUAUAGUUUAA